AUGGCUUCACUAUCUAAAGAUGUCGUUUUCAGACAGAACAUUCCGGUGGUACGCGGCGAAUAUGGCAAUGGACGUAUCAUCCAGAUUGUCCUGAAGAAUUUUGACGCUGUACAAGUGCAAAGACAUCUGAAUUUGUUGCGUACCCGCAGUGGUCUUCCGGUGGUCAAUCUGGUCUCGCAACAGAGUGCCGCUGUGCCAUCCGUGCAAGGCAUGUGGAAUCCGAUGCUGAACGUUGAUACCGAAAUGAAUGUCACCAAACUGCCACAAGCGAAAUUCUCACGUCAUCGUAGUGCGAUACCGUCUGCCACCGAAUACAUCUCGUCUCUUGUCCGAGAAGACACCAGCGAGGCACGGUGA